AUGAAACCCAGCUCCAAGAUAGCUUCUAGGAUGUGUUCUUCGUCCUUUCUCUCUCUAGGGCUCUGUUUUUGCUCAAGAAAUCCGAUUCUCUCCCUUGUGGCUCGAAAUUGGCUGAAAAACCAAGAUUUCCCGACUCGCACGGGCAGGCCACACGGCCGUGUGGCUCACCCAGUUGCCCGUGCGAGUCAAAACGCGGCGUAUCAAUUAGUUCGAUCUUCAGGCUUCCCGCACGGCCAGGGUCGCACGGCCGUGUGGGAUUUCCAUCCUGCCCGUGCUUGCUCUCGACGAAAAUCACACGGCCACAAAUGUGAGUUGCACGGUCGUGUGAUGUCCAGGAAUGCCCGUGCAGCUUCCUUAACACCUCGCCACGCGUCCGAUUUUCGUCCAAUCGACCCCAAACUCGCUCCCAAGCCCCCAUUCACGUACUAG